AUGAAUAUUGAUGGUUAUCAAUUUAAGUGGAUAAACAAUGAACCUGUUAAAUGGUCAGUUGAAAAUCCAAAUAUAAUUACAGUGAUAACAGAGAAUAACACUGAUUUCUGGAAGGAUACUUGGUAUGGAUUCAAUAGAUUCACUGGUCAUGUAUUCGGAUGUAAUGUAUCAGAGAUUAUUAAACAACAGCAACAACAACAACGACAACAACAACAACAACAACAAGAGUGUAAAUCAGAAUCUUUAGAGGUUGACGAUAUAUCAUUCACUUUUCAGUUGAAAGUGAAUGCAGAGUUUAGUUAUCUCUAUGAUCAAGCGGGUGUCAUUGUGAUUGCGGAUGAAUCACAUUGGAUCAAAGCCGGCAUUGAAUAUAAUGAUGAUCAUCCGUGUAUGGGAUCGGUCUUGACUCUUGGCAAAUCGGAUUGGGCAACUGCCAUCUACCAAGGCAAUGCCAAAGAGUAUCACAUGCGAAUUACGAUGAUCAACAAAUGUCUAAGAGUACAAUACUCAUCGGAUGGUGGUAAGACAUGGCCACUACUCAGACUAUCGCCAUUCGAAGUUGACUCUACCAACAUCAGAGUAGGUCUUUACUGUUGCACUCCAGAAAGACAAGGUCUACAAGUUAUCUUUUCAAAUCUUCAACUAUCAAUACCUGCUUUUAUCCAAGAAUUUACAUGA